AUGCGACGUCGAUAUCGAAAUUUCCAAAAGGAACAAAAACAUCAAGCGAGUCAAACAAAAGCUCGAGAUCUUCGAAGAGAGUACAAGUUGGCACUUCAGAUGGGAACAAACGCGGUGGCUUUGUUGUGUGUAAUUUUCUCCAAAUUUGCUAAAGUACUCCUUGUCGACGCAUUUAGUUAUUGGUUUGCCUCGACGGCUUUCUUGUUGCUCACUUGUUUGCUUUCAAACAUUUCAUACGCUCUUUUGCUCCGCGAUUCAACCUCGAAGAAAACCGAGAAAAAGGCCAUAAUUUCGAUUGGAGCAAAUUCU